AUGGUUUCUAUAUGGAUUCCCUUCCUCUCUGCAUUGGCUGCCGCAGUCAGCGCUGCGCCAACCGCCAUUGCUGACAACAAUUAUGGUGCCCUUAACAUCACCGAUACCUUAGAUCGCAAUCUUCGCAACGGAGAGAUUGUCGCUGCCAUCAUCACCCAGAACACUUGGGAACUCCUGUUGAAGGUCGAGGGUAUUGAGGCCGAGACUCCAGACAUUGAUCAUGAUUUCCUUAGGUCUGGUGAUGAGUUCUCGGAGAUAUCCGUGAACCACACCAGUCUCGCCCUUGAAAAACGUGACUGCAAUAGCAACUAUCAGGCCGUAGUUGAUCGCACUCAGCGCUUUGUUGACUGGGAUGUCCAAAUGUCCCCUGUUGUCAUCGGUGCUGGCAGUAAGGGUAUUGACAUUACCAUUUCCAAGUCAUACUCCAUUGCGAACAGUGUCCAGGUUUGCGCUGGCAUUGAUCUGGGUCUCAUCAAGGACCGACUCAAGACUAGCUUUGGGAUCAACUACUCGCGUACUUGGACGACGGGCCGGGGCUACCUCAUUCGCGGCACCGUUGAUGAUGGUUACACUGGUGUCGUUAUCACUCGCUCCGGGACUAACCGCAAAUACGGCCGCACCUUCCAGGGUUGCAUUGGAAGCCUCCGACAGACUGGAACUUUUAUGGCUGACAGCCACGAGAAUGGCUCCUACGAGGGCGUUACUUGGGUCGCUGGCGCCAUUACUGCCUGCAUCAAGAGGCAGAGCUCUAUCCCAUUGUCCCGGUGUAAUGGUAGCGGCAACUUCCGAUAA